AUGGCGGCCCUCGGCACCUUCCACACCCAUACAUUCCCUCCCGGCGACUCCGAGUUACCACACGUCCUUCAACCCCACAUUCCGCUCUGCAAUAUGACACCACCAGCGCUUUGGGUGAUUUAUCACCAGCUACUAUAUUCCACCACGUCACCCACCUUCACAUCGCGGAACCAGCUCAUGCAUGGUAUUCGCCGCUGCACACUUCUAGAGGUUUUCCCGACAUUAACGCACAUCGCACUUCCCCGUCGCGCGCACGCAAACACAGAGAACGAUGAACUCUUCAUUGGGGACGUAAAAGCUAUUUUACUGGAGCCAAGGAUACGGAUGGUUAUCAUCAGUAUUUUCCCGCAGACCCUGGUCGGAGCGGAUCAGGAUCAAGCUGUCAAUCGUGAUGGAGGCGGGUCACAAGACGUCAAGGACAGCGCCAUUUGGCUCGCUGCGGCAAGAACUGAGAAAGGGGGAUGGACGUCUGUUUGUUCUCAAUGGACACUCGGGUAG